GAUCAUGUGACGCUUGUUGACUUUGAUGUGCGACAUCAUUAUGAAAUGCGAUUAAUUGAAUCUUCAAUUAUUAUUUGAUUACUUUUUUAAUAAACUAAAACUAAAAUAGUAUUUUGGUGUUAUAUACUAUUCAUCAUUUUAAACGUAAAGAAACCAUAUUUUCCUUCAUUUUAAUAGGAAAUGUGAGUUAUGCGUAGUCUAUUCCGACCUCUUGCUAUAUUUAGGAAGGCCUUACAAUCUAACAGAGCUGUUCAGUUGAAACAUCCAUUUACAACAGCGUUAGUGUGGAGAGCUAUGGAAGAUAAAGAGUCACUGAAAAAACGGCUUACUCCACUUCAAUACCAUGUUACUCAAGAAGCUGGGACAGAAAGACCUUAUACAGGUUGUUUCAACAAAUUUUAUGAAGAAGGGAUGUAUGUCUGUGUAGUAUGUAGACAAGAGCUGUUCAGCUCUAAAACUAAGUAUGACUCUGGAUGUGGCUGGCCAGCAUUCAAUGAUGUUCUUGCUAAGGAAAAAGUGACAUUACACCAGGAUACCAGUGCAGUUGGAGCAAAUAUAUUACUGGUUUUAACACGGCCAGGUUUGGUGCGAACUGAGGUGCGAUGCUCCAAGUGCUCUGCUCACCUGGGACAUGUGUUCAAUGAUGGCCCGGCGCCCACCAAGAAACGUUUUUGUAUUAAUUCCGCAUCGUUGGACUUCAUACCGGCGGAGGAAAGAACGGACUAACUGUCAUAGAAAGUUAUUUCAUAUUACACAUAAAUAUUAAAUUCUAUGACCUCGCACUUUUCAGGGCAAAGGUAACAUAAAUAAAAGCUACAUUUUCUUAUUUUGUCAACACUAAUGGGGAGUAUAUUUUUGAUGUAUGAUAUUUGAAACUUUGUAAUUUUAAUGUAAACAUAUUUGCUAUAAUUACUGUG